AGAGUCCUGUUGCCAGGAGGCUCGCUCCAGCUUCCAGAAACGUCAGAAGUGUUGCAGCAGAAAAUCUCACGAUUAACUGCGAGACUUGGAAUCUCCAAAAUUUGGUCCGGGCCAAAGAGCGACAUCCGACGAGGGAGCAUCAGCUGCUGGAGAUGCUCGGGUCAAGCGAGGGUUUCCUUCACUUGGAUGAACAGGGGGAGGAGAGAGCACUGCGAAGCUGUCAUCUGAGCAGGCGACACAUCCCUCCUGAAAGCUCCAAAAUGGAGAAGAUCUGCUCAGAGUGCACAGAGCCGACGCUUGCACACAGCCUCUGUACGCUCUGCAACAAGUGGUUGUGUUACCAAUGCACAGAUGUGCACCAGCAUCACAGAGCCUCCACCAACUCGCAAUAUGCAGACUCAUACCAGCAGCAGAGGCCCGGUGCUGCACAGCCACAGUGUCCUGACCUGCACCCGAGAGGCUCCAGCUCUCUGCCUCCUCCUGCCCAAGGUCCAGGGUCAAAUCCUUGCUCCCUCCUAAUGUGCCACUCUCACAGACAGGAGCCCUUGGAGUUUUUUUGUGAGUCGUGUGACCUUCUGUGCUGCAGCAGCUGCCAUCUGUCCUCACACAAAAACCACAGAGUGCUGCAGAUCAGGAAGGCCCUUCAGGAUCAACAGUGGCUGUUUGAGAACCUGAUUGUUCAGGUGGAGGAGAGGAGGUCUGCAGUGGAGAGCGGUGCUAAACAGAUAGAGGACAGACUGCAUGAAGUCAAGAUUGCACACAGGAAGGCAGAGAACCAGAUUAAAAUGGCAAAGAUGAUUAUGAUGAACGAGCUUAACAAACGAGCCAACCUAUUAAUAGAGCAACUGGAGAAAAUUUCACAGGACUUUCAGCACAGUCUGGAGGACCAGCUGCAAGGGGCAAUAGAGAUCUGUGGACAGCUGGACCAUAUUCAGAAGUUCGUCACCUGGGCCACGACCCACCACUGCAGAGGGCCGGUGCUCUUUAGCAGAGCUUUGAUUUCUUUCCAGAUGCAGCACCUGCUUGAGGCAUCUCUCCACUGUGACUCAUGGAGUCCUGUCAAAAUAAAAUUCAACUGGGAUGCAAGUUACUGGACCAAGCAGAUUUCCUCCUUAGGCCAGCUGACUGUUGAGGGGGGAAGCUGCCCCCAUCCUUCCGGCUUUAACAGUUCCAGUGUGAUGAGGCCACAGCCAGUUGCAUGUUUUGCUCUUCCAACCAUGUUUUGCAGAGGCAGAGAGCCAGACUGUGGCUACCAGACCUGCUGUGAACCUCAACUGUGUUGCCUGCAUGGCAUUCCCUCCAAGUCAGACAUGAGCAGCUUAGACAAAAGCCAAGUGGAAACCACCCUUUAUAACUCAAGCUUCUCUCAGGACACACUUCUGUCUGGUUCUCUGCACCAGAACCAGCAGCUACAGAAGUGUUGGGAUACGGAGAAGUCCUUGCAAUAUCCCACUGCUGCCUCUCCUGUCAUCCAACUUACCUGCAGCCAAGGACCUGUUGUGGAACCACAAGUUGCUGACUCCCUUGCCCACUCUCAUUCUGUAUCUUACACCGCAUUUCAAGAGCAUCAAGGGGAAGUUCUUCCAGACAGCCAAACUAAGCUAAACCGCGGCCGGCAAGGACCGUGCAAGGGGAAAUUGUCACCCAGUACGCCUUUGCUGCAAGAGCUCAGACAAAAAGUUAUGGACAAAGACAUUCUGGCUGAAGACAGCUGUGGGGAGAGACUCAGAGUGGAAGAGACUUGUGUACAAACGGGGGUUGAAAUCAGAGAACUGUUGGAUGCUGAGUCAGACAGGAGGGAGCAGAAUCCUCUUCAACAACAGCCGAUUCAAGCAUCAAUAAGAACUGUUGACCUGCAGAAGACCAGACUUUUACUGACGCUCAGAGAUCACGGCAUUGGCAAGAGAUCGCCAUCCCUGGAUGUGCCGGCGACAGCCCGCAUGUGUGCGUCUGGUGAGCAGGGCGGCAGGCCCGGCCUCAGUUCAGAGGGCUCCAGGAGGAAGAGGCGCUCACGCAGCAUCCCGACAGAGCUGGUGGCUCCAUCUACCAGCUCCUACCACGAUCAGCCCACAGGGUGCUCCAACAGCCAAAAUGCAGGACCUGCAACGAAGGAUGACGUCACAGAUCAUAGACAGAGAAGAUCCUCUGAUGGGGUUCUUUGUGGCAUCAAGGAAUCUUCAUCCGAAAUGGUCUCAUCCGGCAGACUUCAGUCUCACUCACUGUCUCAAAAGUUGGAUCCAGGUCACACAGCUUUUGUGAUUAAAGACUCUGAUCAUGGAGCCAAAGACAAAGACAGAGGAUCAAGUCACAGAGAUGUUUCAAAGGAUUCCAUCAAAAACAGAGUACCAGUGGUUUGCUUGGAGCGUCUCAAGAUACUUGUAUCACAGCUUCCACCUCACGGGAGAAGACAGAGUGACCCUUUGCCCGCCAGCGGGCUGGAGAAGUGUGAAACUGUCAUAGUAGAGGAGGCAGCAGGAAGCCCUGGAAGGAAGACCAACUGCUCCUUCACACCUGAACAGACGAACUCCAUCAGCACUGACUUCAACAUCCACAACAGCAGAGAGAAACUCAGGUCUCACAAAGCUUCUACUCUCCUUUCUACUGGCUCUAAAUAUGACCCACAGAGGGACUCUGUGCUCGACCUAGACUCAGACUCUGAACCCAGGUCAGGCUCUGAAGAAGCUGUUGCUUCUCCUGUUCAUCCAAAUCCGCGCCUGGACUCAGAGGCAUCAUUGGAGUCUGAUCCUAAUGUACAGUCUUCAUUGGAUGCCGAGCUUGACUGUGUGGCUGGGGUCAAAUCAUCAGCUGCAGGAGAGAUGUGUGGGGAUUCGGAGCUGAGUCUUGAAUAUGAAGCGGACCCAGAGUCAGAUGGGGCAGCAGGAUCAGAGGACAAUCAAGGACUGGACGCUGAAGAAGAAUCAGAGGAUGCUGAUACAGAGUCUGACGUCCUGCCUGAAUAUCGUCCCACUUUUCUGGCUUACACUGAUUCAGACGCUGUUUCGGAUCAGCCUGCAGACUCUCAGGGAUCUGUGGAGUCUGAACUCGAUGUAGAAUCAAACGCUGAGGGUGCAAAUGACGAUCCUCAACCCCUUCGCUCUGACGUGGAAGAGGAGCUCCAUAUUGGCCCUGUUCAGAGGCCACUUCUCAUUGCAAAUCCCACCGACCAGGGAGACUCGGAAGAAAUCCAGUCCGAGCAUGACAGUGCAGAGAUGGAGAGCGAGGAUUUCUGUGCGGUGUGUCUGAUCGGAGGGGAGCUGCUGUGCUGUGACCGCUGUCCCAAAGUCUUCCACUUGUCCUGUCAUGUCCCGCCUCUUUUGAGUUUCCCCUCAGGGGACUGGGUGUGCAGCCUGUGCAGAGAUGCCAUACAGCCAGAGGUGCAGUACAACUGUGAGAACGAAAGAGCUUCUGGAGCAAACCCUCUGCACGGACUCUCUGCAUGUGAUCAGAGAAAAUGUGAGCGGCUGACCCUCCUGAUCCUCAGCAACAUUUUGAGCGCACCGUUCCAUGAGCCCGUCAGUCCACUUGCACGUCAUUAUUAUCAGAUCAUAAAGAGGCCAAUGGAUCUGUCUGUGAUACGAGCCAGACUCAGUAAAGGGAAUCCUGUCCAUUACACCUCCCCGGAUCAGUUUGUCGCUGACGUCUAUCUCAUGUUCCGUAACUGUGCGAAGUUCAAUUACCCUGACUCUGAAGUAGCUCAAGCAGGCCGCAGCCUGGAGGUCUUCUUCACCUCAAAGCUGAAGGAGGUUUUCCCAGACAGAGCGUUCCAGGUGGCUGAUGCAGACUCCGACAGUGAUGAGUACGACGAGGCCUGCAGGACUGCUGAGAGCGGCUUUCCAUGGCCAGAGAGAAGGGAGUGCCACAGAAAGAGGAAGAGGAGGCAGUCCCUCAAGUCAAGGCGUCAUUAUUUCUAACCAAAGGUGACUGGAAUCAAAGCGGGGCCAUUUGGUCUACAUUACACAGCCGGAUUUACUGGCUUGUGGUAUGACGACUGCGUUACCGAGGCAACAGGGUGGUGUAGUGCUUAGCCUAAUGGCAGACAUGCUUCUGUUUAUAUCUCAGUUGGGGUUUUUGUGUUUUGCAUGUCGUUCAUCAUUUCUGUAGGUCAGCAGCUCUAGUUAGUUUAACUGCUAGCUGGAAAUCUGUCUAAGGUGUGAAUUUGAAAAAGAAUGUUUAUCUCUGUGUGGCCCCUGUAAGUCACCUACUUCAUCCCUUUUAAAAUAUCCGAGUUACAAGACGGUGCAGGAACAGCUGAUCAAAGGAACAGUGUGUAAAAAUGGAUUAUGGUUGCAUACUAUAUGCUACAUAUAACUAUGAUGUAUUUUCCUGACUGUCAUGUAUUUGGUUUAAGCUUGCAGCUAUAGAACAUGUGAAAGUUUGCUGAGAAUUGGCUUUAGCGUUUGACAUUGUAGCUGUUGGUUAUUUGCUUUUAAUGCUCUGCACUGCUCACUAUUCUAGAUACUCUCAAAGAAACCUAUAGAAGUGUAAACAGCUAUAGCAGAAAUAUUGUAUCAUGCAGAGGAUGCUAUAGGAUGGUGUUCUAUCAUCUAAAAUAAGUGUUUUUUCAAGUGGAAUUGAGUGCUGAGAAGACUUUAGUUCAGGUCUUUUCUGUUAGUUUUUUUUUUAUUAUUUGCCAUUACAGAGUUUCAUCUGCUAAACUUGUCUUGCUGAUUUAGCACAUAUAUGUGCACAGAUAUUGAUGCACAACUAGAUAGUUGCUACCUUUCUAACAUGUCCAGUUUGUCUUUUGUAGUGCAGAUACAAAAGUCUUAAAGCUAUAAGAACUGGUAAAAUCUCACCACACCAAAGGUUUUAAUAGGACAUUUUGCAUCCUUACCAGAACAAAGUAAAGUUGAACAAGAAGAAAUGUAAUUCUUACAUCAACUUAUAACCAAUCUGGGUGAAUAAUGGGUCAUAUUGAUGUGUCAGCAAAGUAAUUUACUCCUCUAAUAGUUUACCGGUAUUGCCCCAGGCUUAAUAAGAGGAUAGUAUUUGUGCUCUUUAGUUUUGGACAUUUUGAAGGAUUUCUUGCUAUAUGUAGAGGUAUACUGUUGAAGGAUAACAUGGCUUAAUAUUAACAUACAGAGCACUUCUUUUCAAAACAUGCUUUAAUUGUCUUCAGCAGCUUAAAGUAGACAAUGCUUAACUUAUUAUCACUGCAUAAACAGUAUUAGCACUGAAUAUAUUUAAUGUUUUGAAGUGAUUAAGGAUGGAUUCUGUUUGUCUUCAUAUAUAGUUUUGACCAUAGCAGCACACAAUUGUUUGGCUAUUUUUUUCAUACAAAAAAAUCAUUCAAGAAAGACAGGAAAAAUAUAUGUCCUCCAAUUUCAGUUAAAAAGUCAUUCUUGUGAAACAAUUUUUACAAUAAAAGCAUGUAUACUAUUCACAACACUUAGAGUAUUUUAUAGGUUCUCUGUCCUGAAAGCAGCACUUGCAUCUGCUUUGUAGUUAUUUUAAGAGAUGUCUAAAAGCAGUAAUGUUUAAAUUAAAUGUUGAAUUUUCUUAUUUUGAAUUUGAUUCCAAUGAGAAAAAACAGUAUUUGUACAAUUUAAUUUCCAUUCAACAAAAGUAUUUUAUUUUCCUCCAGUUUUUUGCAGUUUUGCAUUUGGGAAAAUUAUUUUGGAAUUGCUACAGCACGUGUUUGGGGAGUAUUGGAAUAUUUUAAUAAAAGACAUGCCGUAGUUCAUGAAAAAACAGAAAACGUUUGUUAAACAUUUGAUGUUUUGUACAAUUUUCAGUAAUAUUUUCUUGUUACUUUACAUUUAUCGGGUAUCUGCAAUUACUAAAAGAAAUAAAACAUACAUUUGAGUUAAAAAUACAUUUUUUCUAAAAGCAUCUUUUUAUAUAUAUGUAUAGAUAUAUGUAUUAUACCAUUGCUUGAUAUUUCUGACAAGUUUGGAAAUUCGUCCUAAUAAAUUAUCAACAGUU